AGAUAACACAAUCUGGCCAAAAUCGUCGUUUCAACUCGCAGGCAGCCAUGAACAUCCACUUAUUCUAAUUCCAGCCCGUUCUGCUUCCCGCUCGAUAGGUCCCACCAGCCAUGAAAACGCUAACUGACUUCUCUCUUCUCGGCUCCUCAACCUCCAUUUUCCCCUUCUGCAAGCCCAACCACCAAAUACCGCACCGCAUUCACAAAUCUUUCAAACUCCGCUGCUCCAUCGCCGAGGGGCCCACAAUUUCCUCAUCAAAGAUCUACGGUGGAGAAUCAUCCGUUGUGGAUUGUGUGAUCGUAGGAGGCGGCAUCAGUGGGCUAUGCAUUGCCCAAGCCCUCGCCACCAAGCACCAAGACGUCGCUUCCAAUGUGAUCGUGACGGAAGCCAGAGACCGAGUCGGUGGCAACAUCACAACCGUUGAGAGAGAUGGAUAUCUGUGGGAAGAAGGACCUAACAGUUUCCAGCCGUCCGAUCCUGUUCUCACCAUGGCGGUGGAUAGUGGAUUGAAGGAUGAUUUAGUUUUAGGUGACUCUAAUGCGCCGCGAUUUGUUCUAUGGGAGGGGAAAUUAAGGCCUGUACCCUCCAAGCCAACUGACUUACCGGUUUUUGAUUUGAUGAGCAUUGGUGGAAAACUUAGGGCUGGAUUGGGCGCUAUUGGCAUUCGGCCGCCUCCUCCAGGUCACGAAGAAUCAGUGGAGGAGUUUGUGCGUCGUAAUCUUGGUGCUGAGGUUUUUGAGCGCUUGAUUGAACCAUUUUGUUCAGGUGUUUAUGCUGGGGAUCCAUCAAAAUUAAGCAUGAAAGCAGCAUUUGGAAGAGUAUGGAAGCUUGAAGAGAGUGGUGGUAGCAUCAUUGGUGGUACUUUCAAGACAAUCCAGGAGAGAAAUAAGACACCUAAGCCACCCAGAGACCCGCGUCUACCAACACCAAAGGGCCAAACAGUUGGAUCUUUUAGGAAGGGACUUGCCAUGCUGCCUGAGGCAAUUGCCUCUAGUUUGGGUAGCAAUGUAAAAUUAUUGUGGAAGCUCUCCAGUAUUACUAAAUUGGGUAAUGGCGAGUAUAGCUUGACAUAUGAAACACCUAAAGGAAUGGUCUCUCUUCAGAGUAGAAGUGUUGUCAUGACCAUUCCAUCCCAUGUUGCCAGUAACCUGUUGCAUCCUCUCUCGGCUGCUGCUGCAGAUGCACUAUCCCAGUUUUACUACCCACCAGUUGCAUCAGUGACAAUCUCAUAUCCAGAAGAAGCUAUUCGAAAAGAAUGCUUGAUUGAUGGUGAACUUAAGGGAUUUGGCCAAUUGCACCCACGCAGCCAAGGAAUUGAAACUUUAGGGACCAUAUACAGUUCGUCACUUUUUCCCAAUCGAGCUCCAGCUGGCAGAGUUUUGCUCUUGAAUUACAUUGGAGGAGCUACCAACCCUGGAAUUUUGUCCAAGACUGAAGGUGAACUUGUAGAAGCAGUUGAUCGUGAUUUGAGAAAAAUGCUUAUAAAUCCUAAUGCAAAGGAUCCUCUUGUAUUGGGUGUGAGAAUAUGGCCACAAGCCAUUCCACAAUUCUUGGUUGGUCAUUUGGAUCUCCUUCAUACCGCAAAAACUGCUCUCGGGGAUUCUGGGUUUCAUGGGCUGUUUCUUGGGGGCAACUAUGUAUCUGGUGUGGCAUUAGGACGAUGUGUGGAAGGUGCUUACGAGGUUGCGGCUGAAGUGAAGGGCUUCCUGUCACAAUAUGCAUGCAAUUAAUAUUGAAUUUAUGUGGGCAGGCUGCAAAUGUAGAAAUGCAUUGUUGAAUAGUAUCUCUUUAGCCAAGUUUUGGGUAGGUUUUGUUGAUGAUGCAGUUCCUUGAUUGCUUUAGGAGUUUUGGCUAGCAUUUUAUAUUUGUAAAUUACUAUUUCUCAUGUCGCAAUAUCAUUCUUGAUAGCAAUCAUACCAUAAUUUUCUCAUCCCAUGAUACCAGCAUUGGAGGCACACAUGCAUUAGGAAUUGGAACAUGAUAUUAAAACAUUUGAUUGUCCUGGAACCUGUGCUGUAAUUAUAGAUCAUACAUGCUGUCUAUCAAAGUUGCUUUUGCAUUGGACAACCUGCCUUAGGGCUAGUAGUCACCUUGCCUCUAGAAGGGCUUGGGACUUGUUGCUAUGAGCAGGUCAGGCUCAGAAUGUCGAAAGGAGGGUUGCCUGGUUGGGAGGAGUUAUGCUUGUAAAUUAUUCAUGAAUUAUCAGGCUGAGAAUGGUAGAAAUGUUUCAAAAUCAUGAAGCUGCAUAAAGAAAAUGUGAAUUUGAAUUCUUAGUUUGGGAGUGUAGCGAUUGGAUGGAAGGCAAAUGGAUUCAAAUAAGGUUUUCCGUAAAAAUUGAGUUUUCAAACUUAUGUCGAGGUUGAGGUUGGGCUAAAAGAAAAACUUAAAGAGGGGUCAAGAGGUCAUAAUUGCUUGUUCUUUCUAGACCCAAAAUCUUCAGCAGCAAAUUCUUCCUGUUGAUCUCUUCCAUUUCAUUUAUGUUCCCGACUUAGGAUUCUGAUAUUUAUUUCGUCUGCAGUAUCUUUUGCCAUUAGCAUGCUAUUUACUAGUAGUAUUUCUUUUACAGCAACGGCAAGUCCUUUUUAAUUUAUUGUUGUAUUUAUUCUUUUGGUAGCGAAUAAGGAGUCAUUCUACAAUUAUUUCCAAGAAUAACAUGCUGUUCGCCAGAGCCUUGUCUUUCAUUUCUCAGGCAAAGUUUCCUUUUCUCUAUUUAAACAACGAGGAGUCCAGGAGCGCCAAGUAAUCUUUUCAUUAUUCUUUUUACCAGUAUGAUUUUACUAGCACUAGUAUCAAUUAUUUAUUCUAGACCUAUAGAUGAUGCGAAUGGUCAUCACUGGUUAUCGAAGUAAUCGUUGACGAACAAAUGCAAUUGAAUGACAUCAACAUGUUUUGUUCAAGCAAUGCCAAGAAAAAAAAAAAAAUACCGGUUAACACAAUUUUGGGUCUCAUAGUUAGAUCUUGCCACUCCCAUAGAAUCCACUUUAAAAUGUGUAAAAGACAUUAUUCUAGUAACUACCAAAAAAAGACUGUCGUUAUAGACAAAAGACUUGAUCCGCUUUGGACAGUAGGGAGCAUAAUGUUUGGCCUACUACUCCGUAGGCGGCCUGACUUUUUUUUUUGUCCUUGCAUGUAAAAACGAAUGGAUUAGUUUCAAAGCAAGAAUAUAGUUUUAGGCAAAGCCAAAGCCCGAAAAUGGGAUCAUGCUCCCACCCCCAGCUCCGGGGCCUAUCUUUGAGACAUUUCAGCGUAGAGAAACAAAAGCAAAUCUUAAGUUUGACUGAUAAAAACAACUGAAAAAGAGCCCCAUAGAGGAGGAGACAGGACGAUGGAGAUUUUCGUGGGAGGGCAGGGAGAUAAGAAAUUUGACGCUUCUGAAAAAAGGGUUUGGGCGUUCUUUCUUUCUUUCUUUCUUUUAACGUUAGAAGGCUUUAGGUUCAACGUCAAUGGUGUUUUUGAGAGACAAAACGGUCUUCGGAGCAGCAAAAAGGUCUCCCAUGAUGGCGAUUUGAAGCAACAUUUCGGUAGGGCUAGUGGGGGACAUCAGCUUUUGCUUUUCUCCUCGUUUGUUUUUUUCCUUUUUUG